GUCUAGUGGACUGCGGUGCUAGCUGGUGAGCGCUUGCCACGGCACCGUGCCGAAGAACGGGUGUGAUUUGAUGUCCGUUACGCCGCCGCCGCCCGAGCCCAAGCGGUAACCAGCGUCAAACUGCAGCAGCUAGAAAAAAAAUAGAAGACAGAAGGAUGGUCCCUGGAGAGCGGAGGCCAGCUGUUCCGUCAUGAAUGGCAAGGGUGUCUGGGAUAGCGAAGGACCUGUGACGCCAAGGCCCAGCGAGGAGCAGGCGGGCCAGCAGCUGACUACUGGCGGCAGUGACCAGGAGAAGAGUGGAGUGGGAGGGGGGGCAGCCCAGAGGGAGCAGCAGGAAAGGGUGGUCCUUGUGGUGGGUGGUGGGGUGCAGGCUGUAGAAAAGGAGGUGGUAACCCAAGGAGAAGUGGCCCCAGAGGGAGCCGUUCUCCUGCUUGAAGGAAGUGGUCCAGAGUCGGGGAGUAAGGAGGAUAAGCAGGAAGGCCCAGCUUUGGAGCCGGCCGAGGUGAGGGGAAAUGGGUGUUUACAGCAAGGGAGGUUAAUGGGUGUGGAGGAGCUGGGAACGGAGUCUGCCUGGGAUGGAGGAGGGUCAGACUCCCGUGGGCUCCAGUAUGGGGGGGCCGUGGCUGGCAUGCCCUCACCUUGGGGGUCCAGCUCUCUGUUCUCUGACACCGGCAGUUGGGCCUGGGCGGGCUGUGAGCAGCCUGCAAGCGGGGGCUGGCACUUCUCCUCAGGGCCUGGGCUGAGCCAAGUCGUACACUGCCCACCCUGUCAAGCCCCAGUCAUGACCUAUGACCCCCUGGCCCAAGAGAUGGUGCCGUUUGAAGUGACUUGGAGGGUGUGGGAGGACGUCUCCAAGCCCCAGGAGCCUACGGUGGGGCCCCAGGCCCCGUUCGAGUUCACGGUCAUGUCCUACAACAUUCUGGCCCAGGACCUGCUGGAAGCCAACCUAGAGCUGUACAGUCACUGUUCUCCGGGCGUUCUGGCCUGGGAUUUCCGACUCCGGAACAUUCUGCUCGAGUUUGACAAGUGGAAACCAGAUAUCAUGUGCUUACAAGAAGUCCAGGAGAACCACUAUGCUGAAGGUCUCCUGCCCGUACUGACAGACCGGGGCUAUAGCUGUGUUUAUAAGUGUCGCACUGGUACCAAGACGGACGGAUGUGCUGUGUGCUACCAGAGGUCCCGCUUCUGCCAGGUGUCGGCCCGUCUGGUGGAAUUCCGCCGGCCUGAGCUGGCGCUGAUGGACCGGGACAAUGUGGCUGUGGUGUUGCUUCUCCAGCCGGUGGUCGCGCGGGGGUCAGGGGCGGCGGUCCCGGGGGCGGCGGCCCAGGGGACUCCCAUCUGUGUGGCCAGUACGCACCUCCUUUUCAACCCCAGGAGGGGUGACGUAAAGCUGGCCCAGCUGGCUGUGCUCCUGGCAGAGAUCGACCAUGCGGUGAAGCCUUGGAGGUCCAGUGGUUCGCCCAGUCCUAUCAUCCUCUGCGGCGACUUUAACGCCGUCCCCAACAUGCCACUGUACCAGCUCAUUACCACGGGACAGCUGUACUACCAUGGAUUGCCGGCAUGGAUGAUAUCAGGGCAGGAGGAUUUUUCCUACAAAAUGCAUCACCACAUACUGUGCGCCCCCUUGUGGCCGAUCGAACUGGGGAUCAACGACAACUGUCAGUAUGUACCUGGCAGCAAGAGGCAGGCGGAGGCAGACUCAUCAGGGAGAAUCCGGUACAGCCACAGUUUCCUGCUUCAGUUUCGUUUCUGUGAGGCUUCCCUCGUCCGCCCCCCCGACCUAGACGUGAUCCUGGGGGUGACAGACGCUACUCCAGACCCCUCCCUGGAAAAGCCGUGGAAUGUUCCAAGCAGGUUUAGGAACGUUCUCCACCAUGGGCUGCACCUGCGGUCGGUUUAUAGCCCCCACGUGAAAGACACAGGCAGACCUGAAGUCACCACACUGCACUCAAACUUCGCUGGCACAGUGGACUACAUCUUCUACUCCGAUGCCCCCGUUGAUGCCCGUCACCAUGCCAAAUAUCGAGGGGGCGGGGCCCACCAGGGAGGGGGCCUGAAGCUGAUUGGACGCCUCUCCCUCCUGUCACAGGAGGAUCUGUGGCCAAUGAAAGGACUGCCCAGUGAGAUCUUCUCGUCAGACCAUCUUUGCCUACUGGCCAAAUUCCAGCUUGGACUGGACCACGCGUAAUGGAGUGCCCGAUGUCUGGCCAUCUUGGUGUUGGCAUGUCAGGAAAGGGAGCCAUCUUCUGGUUUAAUUAAGGUUUGCACAUAUUUUAGUCUUUUUUUUUGCUUGGUUCCUCUCCAUUGUUACAUAUGGUAGGUGACUCCCUUUACGUACCCCUGUAAAAUAAGUACUGAACAACGUAUUGCGUUAAGUCAGGCAGUCUAUGGUCUGUCACAGUUAAGCUUUGUUCAUAAAAGGUUUUGUGAAGGAACAGACGUCGGAUGGUCCUUUUAAAGAUUUGCAUCAGAAACAUUAUCCAAAAAAGAUGAAGUUUCAAGAAGCUAGAUCAGCACAGAGGUAGGAAUCCAAUCAAAUCAGAUCAGUAUCAAAAGGCCACAGUGUCCUUCCACUGUGGUAUCACAUGAAAGCACUGUGUGGGUAUUUUGUAUUUUCAUUUUGCAGGAUUAUCAUAAUCUACAUUUACGGUAUGAGAAUGUGUAAAUGCUUUCUUUGUAACCAUUUUGCAGUUCCUGUCAUAAAACAUGUAUUCCCCACUCCCAGUAGGGAGGGAAAGAGCUGGGGCAAACUUGCUGGGCUGGACCAGGGGGUGGAAUUUGGCACAAAGCUUUAACAUCAAGUAGACAAGUGUAGUCAUAAGUACAAAUCCAUUACUGACCUUCAGAAGAACCUUGAAACUUCAAAAAUGCCUCCGGAUGUCCGUCACCGCCUUUGUAAAAAUGAACAUCUCUGAUACCUCG